AUUGAAACUCAUCUGACAGAAGAAAAACAAACAUGGCUGCUUAGUGAGAGGCAGCCGGGUUGUGUGGUCACUACCCGUGUGUUGAGCAACAUGGAGAAGUCGAGCAGCAUAAUGGAGGACGGUGAAGGGCGGAGAAAGGUUGUUAGUUUUGGGGCGCAGGGUUCAGAAAAUAACUCGGACAUACAAGGACUUGGAACAGUACAACAUGAUCAUUUUCAUAAAGGUGCCACCAAUGCCCGAUACCCAGCUUUACGGAGAAAAAAGGCAGAUAUCCCUCCAAUAGACCCGGAAGUGAUUAAACAUUUAGAAAUCCAUGCUCACGAUGUAGCUUUUAAAGUUGAUCAAAUGAUGAAAAGCUUGAGUGGCACAAUACAGAACAUGACUGCGCUCAGUGUUGGAUACAUUCAGACUUACAGAGAUUCAGUAGAUAGUCUUGGAGAAUCCGUUGAUAUGAGUAUUAAAGGUAUGUAUACUUUAAUGGCUCGGUGUGAAGAGUUGGAUAGAUCAAUGCAACCUAUUCAUUCACUGGCUAAACAAAUCCGUGAGAUUAAAAGGACCCUAGAAAUUUUUGAAUCGAUAUGUAAAUGAUUUCUAUUAUUUAGCUAGUUUUCAAUUAUUUUUUUUUAAAUAAAAGCAUCCAAUCCAUGCAUAAAAUAAUAACCCCUUUUGUGAAAUACAGUUUCAUACUUGGAUUAAUGUGUUACUAAUAAACCAUGUUAAUUUAUGCUUUA